AAAUUUUCCGGCAGACACCAUGGGGUCACUUUAUUGAUAUUCCUGAUAUCCAGUUUUGUGGCCAAAUAGUCCACAUGUUGUUGUUACGGCUGGUGAAGCAGCAACCCGAUGAUGAGCUUUGGUUCAAUGUUGAGGGUAAACUUAUAGAGUUCACGUACAACGACUUCUGCCGCAUAACCGGAUUACCUGUGGCAGCCCCGAGGCCUGUUGUGGCUGAAGAUAGUGACAACGAUGAUGAACAAGCCGAAGAAGAGGAAGAACCAGGAGAGAUUGCUAAUACAUACUUUCAUGGAUCACUGGAUAUCACUUUCCAGAUGAUGAAGGAGAAGGUUCAAUGGUUAGGUGGAAAUAAAAAAAGGAAUGGUAUGCUAGGGGUGAAGCUUGCAUCCCUCUUCGUAGUUGAGAACGUGUUGAUGGGAAGAGACAGAACAACGAGGAUCAACCGGAGGUCGAUUCAGCUUGCGAACGACUUUGAGGAGUU